AUGUCAACAAGUGCUGCACUCCCGACGACGCAGAAGAGCGCUGUGAGGGUAACUCCUGAAGCGUCUCCGAAAGCCAGAGGUCCAAAUCGAAGUACUAAAGCUGCACAUAAGCUGAAAGUAUUACCUGAGCAGCCAGAGAUAAGGACGCAAAGCCAGAUCAUAGCCGAGGAUGGGGAUGAGGAGGAAGAUGGUACACCAGGGUCUCCCAGUGACCCCCAUGAGGAGGAGGACGAUGAAGAAGCCGAGCCUUACAAGCAAAUCGCACAAAUCCCGGCAGGAACCGCGCGUAAAGACGCUCUCCGUCUCACGAAGAGGGAGAAAGCCAGACUUCCGAGGGUUACCGCGUACUGCACUGCGAACUCAUACCGCCUAAGUGAUAUUCAAAAGUUCCUGAACGCGCGAAAGACUUCUCACAGAACGGACCCAAAAUUAUUUGAUGAGGCCAUAUAUUCUCCAUACUCCUUCGCUGGACCCCGCAGCGAGGCUGAUCAUCAUCCCGCUCCGAUUUCUGGAGAUCUAUUGGGCAUUCCGGAGCUCGUACGGAAUGACGUUACGGUCCGCGAACGCCGCUCGACCAAGACGGUCAAGAGACGCCCAAAAUUCGACAAAGUUGGACAGGAAGGUAUCGAUGCUGAAGUCUUCCUGUUUGAAUAUGGAACAGUUGUUUGCUGGGGGAUGACAGAGGCUCAAGAGAAACGGUUUCUGAGUUCAAUACGGCGCUUCGAACAAGAGCGUUUAGCUCCAGACGAUGUCGAGAAGGAAGAUCUCAAUUAUUAUUAUGCUAAUUACAGCCGCAUAUAUAACGAUGUGAUUACUCUGCGAAAAGGAUCUAGCUUCAUGACGAAGCUCUCCCUUUCCCAUGCCCUUGCGCAAUCAGUGAAAAUAUCAUUAUUCGAGCAACUUAUCUCCAACACAAUCGAAGAGACUAAAGACAUUCCUGAGGUGAUGUCUAAAACUGGGAAGAUUCACUUACAUCACGAUGAAAUUAUGCAGCAAAUAGGCCAGCUUUUCAUCCUUCGUAUGGAUAUAAACCUAGUCGGCUCAGUUCUCGAUUCACCGGAACUGUUCUGGACGUAUCCUGAUCUUCAACCACUGUAUGAAGCUGCACGGAGUUACCUUGAGAUACCUCAGCGCGUUGACCUUCUAAAUACCCGAGUUGGAGUCCUUCACGAUAUGCUUAAAUUAUUAAAGGAAUCCGUUCAGAGCAAACAUGCAGAGCGGUUGGAGCAGAUUGUUAUUGCUUUAAUUGCUGUCGAAAUAGUUUUGGGGUUGAUAACUAUCUUAGUUGACCUGUUUGCUGUUUGA